AUGCGGAGCAGAGAACAGAAAAACGAGAGGGCGCGGUUCAAGAGAGGGAAAAGCAGUCUCUUUAUAAAAGGACACGAUCUACACGUUUUUCACAAUCUCAGUGUAUACAUCUUGACUGAGGCGGAAGGAAAGUACGCCCAGUAUAGCACUUACGGCGGUGAGGGCGGCCCUCCGCCCAAGUCCAAGCUGAACGGUGCCCUAGCCAACUCACACCGGCGUUAUGAAUUCGCCCACAGCUCAGACCAACAGAGUGAUAUCGAUCGAGCUCUUAAGAGGGCCUUCAAUGCCGCACGCGCGCUUCACGUCAAGUGUAACGCUAGGGUCUACCUUCUAGUCAGUAAUGGUAAGGGGUUUCUCAGUCAUACCUAUCCGGAAAAUGUCAAACAUUGGCCUCCACCCAAAACAAUAUUAAAAAAGUGGUUUCCAGCCAUGGAGAGAAGGGACCCAAGUAGCUACGUUGGCGGGGGAGACUGCCCCUUCCAGUUCAGCCACGCCCCAACGCCUAAUGGUCAGGUCGAGGCCCCUAAUAUGGCUUCAUCACAGCAGGGGCUUGAACACCUUGAUGCAGGAGAAUUUCAGGCUGAAUUCCUGGUUGAUGAUGAUGAUGAAUAUCAGGGUCUUGCACCACUACAGGGAUUUCUAGAGACCACAUCGUAA